UCACCGCCCGUCGGGUGCGCCCCGCCCCGGGUUCGGAUGGUCGCCAGGGGACGCUCGCGGGUCGGGUCUCCCUGGCAACCCGCCGCUCCGCCCCUCCACCCCUUUAACCUUUAGGCUGCGCGGUUCCGGGUCCCUCUCCGUCCCUGUCCCUUCCCUCCCCUCCCCUUUGGGCCUGUCGGGACCGGAAGCGAAGAUGGCGGCGGCCGCGGCCGAGCUGGUGAUCGGCUGGUGCAUCUUCGGCCUCUUGCUCCUGGCUAUUUUGGCGUUUUGCUGGAUCUACGUCCGCAAAUACCAGAGUCGGCGGGAAAGUGAAGUUGUCUCCACUGUGACGGCCAUUUUUUCACUGGCAGUUGCACUCAUCACGUCAGCACUUCUGCCAGUGGAUAUAUUUUUGGUUUCUUACAUGAAAAAUCAAAAUGGUACAUUUAAGGAGUGGGCUAAUGCCAAUGUCAGCGUGCAGAUCGAGGACACCGUCCUGUAUGGCUACUAUACUUUGUACUCCAUCAUACUCUUCUGUGUGUUCUUCUGGAUCCCCUUUGUCUACUUCUACUAUGAGGAGAAGGAUGACGACGACACCAGUAAAUGCACUCAAAUUAAAACAGCGCUGAAGUACACUUUGGGAUUCGUUGUGAUUUGCGCACUUCUUCUUCUCGUUGGUGCUUUUGUGCCACUGAAUCUUCCUAGCAAUAAAAAUUCUACCGAGUGGGAAAAGGUGAAGUUCCUGUUUGAAGAACUUGGAAGUAGUCAUGGCUUAGCUGCGCUGUCAUUUUCCAUUAGCUCCCUGACCUUGAUUGGAAUGCUGGCAGCCAUCACAUACACAGCAUAUGGCAUGUCAGCAUUACCUUUAAACCUGAUAAAAGGCACUAGAAAUGCUGCUUAUGAACGCCUGGAAAACACUGAAGACAUUGAGGAGGUGGAGCAGCACAUUCAAGCCAUUCGAUCAAAAAGCAAAGAUGGUCGGCCUUUGCCUGCGAGGGAUAGACGUACCUUAAAGCAGUGUGAAGAAAGAUUACGGACGCUUAGGAAAAGAGACCGGCACUUAGAAUUCAUUGAAAACAGCUGGUGGACGAAAUUUUGUGGUGCCCUGCGCCCCCUGAAGAUCAUUUGGGGAAUAUUUUUCAUCUUAGUUGCAUUGCUGUUUGUAAUUUCUCUCUUCCUGUCAAAUUUAGAUAAAGCUCUUCAUUCAGCUGGAAUAGAUUCUGGUUUCAUCAUCUUUGGAACUAACCUGAGUAAUCCAUUGAACAUGCUUUUGCCUUUGUUACAAACAGUGUUCCCUCUUGAUUAUAUUCUUAUAACAAUUAUUAUUAUGUACUUUAUUUUUACUUCGAUGGCAGGAAUUCGAAAUAUUGGCAUAUGGUUCUUUUGGAUUAGAUUAUAUAAGAUCAGAAGAGGACGAACCAGGCCUCAGGCACUCUUAUUUCUGUGCAUGAUACUUCUGCUAAUUGUCCUUCAUACCAGCUACAUGAUCUAUAGUCUUGCUCCUCAGUACGUUAUGUAUGGAAGCCAAAAUUACUUAAUAGAGAGCAAUAUAACUUCUGAUGUCCAUAAAGGCAAUUCAACCCUUCCUGUGCCAAAAAGAUGUGAUGCAGAUGCCCCUGAAGAUCAAUGUACUGUUACCCGCACUUACUUAUUCCUCCACAAGUUCUGGUUCUUCAGUGCUGCAUACUAUUUUGGUAACUGGGCCUUUCUUGGGGUAUUCUUGAUUGGAUUAAUUGUCUCCUGCUGUAAAGGGAAGAAGUCAGUCAUUGAAGGAGUGGAUGACGAUUCGGACAUGAGUGAUGACGAGCCAUCUACCUACUCCGUGUGAACAGCCUUCUGCCCUAAGGGCUUCGUGAAGCUGGCUGAAUAUGUGUUAUGCAUUUUCAACGUUUUCAAGUAACAUUAGGAUGAACUGUCUAGCUUUCAUCAAAAAUGAGAGCAUGGCCAUUAAAAAGAACUAUAUUUUUUAUGUCUUCUGAAGUAACAUUAUUGUAUUAUAGAUUAACACAAAAUUGCUAUAAUAAUACUAUGUAAAUACCAUAUUUCCAGGUUUGUGAGGGAAUGUUUGUGGAAAUUUUCUUUAUUGUAUAAUAGUGUUAAAUUUAUUAAAAUCUUGCAGAAUUUACAUCCCCUUUGUUGCUUUUUAAGAACAUAAGAAGUCACUUGUCUUGUGCCUUAGGGUCUCUGGAAUAAUGUGAAACUUUGAAGUGUCUUCCUCUGAUAGGCUGAACAGUGUCAUAAUAUUGCUCGUGGAUAAGCGCAGCUCUCGUGGGCAGCUUGUUUUCAAUAUUGUCCAUAAAAUUAUUAGUCUAACUCAAGUAGAGUUCGUGAAAAAUUGUUAAACUGCUUAAGACCGUGGUAUUCUAAGAUGUGUUAGAGGUUUAAUUGUUCAGAUCUUAACGCAUUGAGAGAGUUGCUACCUCCACAGGAAUAUUUAGGGCACAUUUAUCAAUGUAGAUAGUACUUGUUUUAUAGACUUUGAAAUUUGUAUUAUCGUAAAUGGAAAUAUCAAGAAUAAUGAAUGCAGAAAAAUUGAGUUUACCAAGAGUUUUAAGAUAUAUGAUAUCAUUCUCACCUAUUUUUUCAUUUGCUGUUUGGAAAAUUAUAAAAGAAAAUGAAAGAUAUGUGACAUAAUGGAAUAUUCUGAAUGUGUUCUGGGUGGUGAAAAAUAAAAUAUAACUUGCUAAUGUCAA